AUGCAACCAUAAUCUAAAUCAUCCUAGAAGGAAGAUGAACACUGUUAAGUGGAAGAUCAUAUUUAAAGGAAAUUUGAACUACUUGAAUUUAAAGGAAAAGGAGCUUAUGGAGUAGUUUGGAAGGCAGUUGACCGUAAAACAAAAUAGAUUGUUGCAUUGAAGAAAGUACUUUUAGUUUAAAAGUGAUAGAUUUUUGAUGCAUUUCAUAAUGCCACUGAUUCACAAAGGACAUUUCGUGAAGUAGUUUUUCUAGAGUAGUUGGUAAACCAUGAAAACAUCAUUAAAUUAACAUGUGUCAUAAAAGCAGAAAAUAACAAAGAUCUGUAUAUGGUGUUUGACUUUAUGGAAACAGAUCUUCAUAAAGUAUUGAUAUUUAAUAGUAAUUUUAAGGUCAUAAGAGCAAACAUCUUAGAACCCAUUCAUAAAAAAUAUAUAAUAUACCAAAUACUCAAAGGUCUCAAAUAUCUUCACACUGGUGAACUAAUCCAUCGAGAUUUAAAGCCUUCCAAUUUACUUAUCAAUUCAGAAUGCAAGGUCAAAGUUGCUGACUUUGGUUUAGCAAGGAGUGUAGCUAAACCAGAUGACAAUAGUAAGUGUUGUUAUGAUAACAAUGAUUAGGCAAUCCAAUUCUUACUGAAUAUGUAGCUACUAGAUGGUACAGAGCUCCAGAAAUAUUGUUGGGUUCUUAACAUUAUUCCAAGGCAGUUGAUAUGUGGAGUUUAGGUUGUAUCUUGGGAGAAAUGAUAAUAGGGAAGGCUAUCUUUCCUGGAACUUCAACUCUAAAUUAAAUUGAGAGAAUUAUUGAAUUGAUUGGAAGACCUAAAUAGGAUGAAUUGGAUGCUAUUAAAGCUCCAUUAGCUGAUUAAGUAAUAUCUAAUAUCAGUACCUAAAAAAGAAAAAGCAUAACAUAAUUAUUUGCUUCAGGUGAAGAUGAAGCAAUUGAUUUCAUCAGGUAAUGAUGUGAAUUUAAAUAUAAGGUAAACUCUGAUUUAUAAUCCAUACAAAAGAAUGACAGUUGAAUAAGCAUUAAAUCAUCCUUAUGUAAAAGAAUUCAAAGGAACUGAAGAUGAAAUUUCUAGAGGUAUUUGAAUUAGAUAUUUCUUAGAUAGUGCAAUUGAAACUUUCAUGGAUGAUAAUCAUAAAUUUACAGUAAAAGAAUAUAGAGAUGCUCUUUAUUCUCAUAUAACCUAGAAGAAGAAAAUGGAACAUUAAAUUUUGAUUCGUAAUUUAAAGAAUGUUCCAGUUAAUAUAAGUGCUGAGAAAUCUACAUCACCUACAAAGAAGGAUUCAUUUCUCAAAAAAAGCAAAGAUUCAGAACCAUCUAACACAGAUAUUAGUGAUAAUAAAUAAUAUGAAUCUCAAAAUGUCAAUCGACCUUUUCAUCAUAAAACACCAUCUUAUACUUAAUAAUUAAGAAAAAAAACUACAUCAUAAGAACAUACAUAUAAUAAUGAACCUACAAAUUAAUUUAUUUAUUAAAGUCCAAAUAUGAUGAUGUAAAAAAAACAAUCUUAAUCAAUCUUUCCUAAUGUUGAUAGCGGGAGUCCAUUAAAAUAAAUCCCUAGAAAAUAAUCAAUGUAAAACAUUUAAAAUAGUGUCUCGACAGUUUUAUAAAAUACAUUAUCAUAAAACCUAUAAAGUCAAAGUGCUUUGUAGGUCUCUCAACAUUAACUCUCAAGAAAAGGUUCUUAAGGUAGUAUUUAGAAAUCAUCCUCAUAUAAAAUGUCAGCAACAAAUUAUAACUCAACUAAUUAUAACUCAGCAUUUUAACAAUUAAGUAAAAUCAGAAAAUGA